AUGAUAAUUUUUAUCUUUCUUUUCUUUGAGCAGCUUAUUAUGCGUUCUAGUAAGAUAAAAUAUUAGAUUAGAAUGCAAAUAUUUAGUUUUAACAGAUUUAACAAAUGAAAGUGCAGGAAGUUUAUGGUCAGAUGAAACUUUAAGCCUACCAUUAUCCUUUUGUACAAAUGGGUUAUCAGAAAACUACAUAGGUGUAGAUACUAGUUUAAGUUCAAUUUAUUGGAAGAGAACAUUUACUCUUCCUAAAACAAGCAGAGUCUAUGUAUAUUUUGAGUAUUCUAUAUCUGGAAAUUGGAAUAAUGAUGAAUUAUAGAUCUUUGCAAAUGAUUUAAAGGUAUACUCUGAGAAAUUCACACUUACAGAUUCCAAUAAGAAUUGUAUUUAAAGGUAUUGAGUUUUAUAAAUCAUAGAUUGGUAUAUGAAUCUUAAGCAUAUUUUGUAAUCAAUAUGAGAUUUGAUACUUUGAAAUUUGAGGUAAAAAUCAGUAAUUCAAAUCUGGGAAUUUAUAUCAAAAAUUUAGUGUUAUUAUAAUAGCAAUAAAGAGGGAGAAAUGAAAUCCUAUAAUUUAUAGAUUAUAUUCCAACAUGUAGUCCAAAUUAUUAUUUUUAACAAUAUUUUUGUAAAUGCAAAGGAGAUUUAGUUUAUUAAUCAAAUUUAUGUAUAGCAACAUGUGGAUAAAAUUAUUUAUAUGAUUCAACUGAAAAGGAAUGUUAUGAAAAAGAACAUUGUACAGCAUGUAUAGGAACAUAAACAACAUUAACAUGUGAUACAGGAUAUUAUAAAUAUCAUGAAUCUGAUAUUACUUUAUCUAAUUGUGUAAAAAGAUGUCCAAAUAGUUAUUAUUAAGAUGAGACAGCCAAAGCUUGUAUUAAAAUGUAAUCUUAUCUUUAAACUAAUGAAAAUGGAGGAGGUAAAUAAUUAAAUUAUUGAUUUAGAAUAAGUUGAUCAUUAUUAUUUUUUUACUUCAAUUCCAGAGUUUAUGCAUUUUUAUACUUAUAAUCAUUUAAUGGCAACUGUAGUAUCAACUCCAGAAAAAAUAAAAGAAAGAAACUUUUUUUUUUAUGGUGAUAAAUUUUAUAUUGGAUCAUUUGAUACUUUUUAAUAAUAGAAAGUGUUGAUAACAUAAAUCAUCAAGAAUUCAUAACAUAAAAUACGUUUUAGGGCAAUUGCUCAUUUUCUUGAUUUCAAUCCUACAAAAUUUGAUAUCACAAUAAAUGGAAUUAAAUAAACUGCUGCAGUCUUAUAAAUUGACAAUGUCAACAGAUUGUAGAUAUCUAAAUCAGAUUAUAUAGCAUAUCUUGAUUAUACAUGGUAAAGGACAGAAUAAUAUCCAAUAACUUAAAAUACUAUAUUAUUUGAAAUUGAAUAACCAUAAUAAGGAGGUAAUUAUAUUGGAGUAUUCUAUUUGGAUGAUAUUAAUAUUUAUUAAUUUCAAUGUUAAGCAGGAUGUAAUACUUGUUUUACCUAUGCUUUUUGUACUCCAUGUCUAUAUCCAGCAAAUAAAGACCCUACUGAUUGUUCUUGUUUGACAGGAUAUGUAAUGUAGAAUAAUUAAUGCAUAAGUAAUACAUAAAUUGAAUUUAGCUUGCCCAACUUAUUGUACUACUUGUGUAACAGCUGGAGUAUGUGUAGAUUGUUUGACAUCAACAAAAAGAAUUAAUACUCCUAUUUGUGAUCAAUGUCCUGUUAAUUAUUAUGUAGAUUCUGGUAAAGCAGAUUGUUAACCUUGUUAAACUGGAUGUCAUUAAUGUACAGUUGGAACAUCAUGUGUAUAAUGUGCAAAUGGAUAUUUUAGAAAUUAAUCAAAUUAAUGUGUUAUAUAAUGUCCAGAUGGAUAAUUUAAUGAUUCUAGUAAUGUAAAUGAUCCAAAAUGUAGUAUUUGUGAUAAUAAUUGUUUAAAAUGUCAAACAUUAGCUACUACAUGUACUGCAUGUAAAGGAUUAGCUAUACUUGUUUCUAAUCAUUGUUAUUUGUGUUCUGAAGGUUAAUAUUUAUCAGGCACUACUUGUCUUCCUUGUAUAAAUGGAUGUUAAAUAUGUUCUACUAUUACUUGUACAACAUGUUAAGAUUCUUAUUAUUAUAAAUCAUCCACUAAUGAAUGUUUGGCUGUUUGUGAUCCAGGAUAUUUUGGUAAUACAGCAACUAAAACAUGUGAUUAAUGUGAUUCAAAUUGUCAAACAUGUUUAGCUGGUACAAAUAAAGAUUGUGUCACUUGUCCAACAGGUAAAGUACUUAAUGUUUAAAAUAUCAUAAGUGGAGAAUGUUAAACAAAUUGUUUAAUAGGAUUUUAUAAGGUAGAUACUGGAUGUGCUAAAUGUUGGAAAGGUUGUUCUGCAUGUAUGGAUUCAACUUAAGCUUGUUUAACUUGUGCAAGUAAAUUUUAUAGAUUAAAAACUACAAAUUGGUGUUAUGAAACUUGUCCUGAUGGAUUUUAUAAUAAUUAAAUAGGAUUUCUAUGUUCACCUUGUAAUAGUUAAUGCAAAACAUGUUAUGGAUUUUCUGAAUUAACUUGUUUAUCAUGUAAUGCUCCAUUAGCUUAUUUUUAAAAUUAAUGUUUAACAGAAUGUUAUGAUGGAUAUGGUAGCAUAAAUAAUGUAUGUGAACCAUGUGCAGCUAAUUGUAAGAAAUGUUUUGGUACAUAACCUAAUGAAUGUCUUGAAUGUAUGACUGGAUUUUAUACACUUAAUAAUUAAUGUUAUGUUAAAUGUCCAAAAUCAUUUAUUGGUAUUAGACCUUAAUAUGUUUGUAAAUGCAUAUAUGAUAAUUGUAUAACUUGUACAUCCACAUAGUAUUUCUUGGAUAAUUAAUGUUAUGCUGUAUGUCCAACUGGCUAUUUUGGAUAUAAUGGUUUAUGUAUUAAAUGUGAUGUCACAUGUGGAACUUGUUUUGGAGAAGGUAUAGAUGAAUGUACUACUUGUAAUAGUGGAUUAGUGUUAUAUAAAAACACUUGUAUAACUGAAUGUUUAGGAAAUUUAUAUCAUGAUCUUGUAGCUAAUGAAUGUAAAACAUGUAAUACAGAAUGUACUGCAUGUACAGGACCUAAUAAUAAUUAAUGUACUGCAUGUCCAAAUGAAAAAUUAUUAACUAUUGAACAUACUUGUAAAGAUUAAUGUACAGAUGGUUCAUAUCCUGUAGUAAAUGAAUAAAGAUGUUAUGCAUGUCAUGCAACAUGUAAAACUUGUUUUGGACCUUCUGAUGAAAAUUGUUUAACAUGCACUAAUUUAUUUUAAGCCAAUUAAUGUGUUAAUACUUGUUCAGCAGGAUUUACAAUAAAUGCUACAGGUACUGCAUGUGAUUCUGAUUUUCCUCUUAAUAUUUCAAUUUGCUCUUAUUAAUGCAAAACUUGUGAAUUAGCUCCAAGAUUUUGUAAAUUAUGUGCAGGAAAUCGUACACCUAAUCCUCCUAAUUGUGAUUGUGAAUCUGGUUAUUAUGAUGAUGGUACUAAUUCUAUUUGUCCUAAAUGUGCUAAUAAAUGUUUAACUUGCAAAGGAUUAGCUACUCUUUGUCUCAAAUGCAAAGGUGAUAGACUUCUACCUUAAUGUAAUUGUCCAGAAUAUUAUUAUGAUGAUGGUGAAUCAGUUAAUUGUGUAAAAUGUCAAGAUAAUUGUAAAACCUGUGAUGUCAAUGGAUGUACAUCAUGUUUAGGAGAUAGAAUAACAGUUCCUAGUUGUGUUUGUCCUGAUGGUUAUUUUGAUAGUUAUCAAUUUUAUUGUUCUUAAUGUGCUAAAAAGUGUACAACUUGUAAUGGAUCUGCAGAAUUAUGUACUGUUUGCUCAGGAAUUAGAGUCAAUAAACCUAUAUGUGGUUGUCCAAAUGGAUAUUUUGAAAAUUCUGAUUUAGAAUGUUAAUAAUGUGAUUCUACUUGUAAAGACUGUAAUUAAUAUGGAUGUUUAUCAUGUUUUGGUAAUAGAGUUGGUCCUAUAAAUGGAGAAUGUAAAUGUGAUACUAAAGGUAUCAGUAGAUUCAGCAUUGGAUCAGUCUAUUGUACAGAUUGUUCUUUGGGAGUACCAUAUUUUGGUUUAAAUGAUGAAUUUACUGGAUUCACUAUUGAUUUUGGUGGAUCAGUUGCUUUAUAUGAUUCUCUAACAGGUGAUUCAGAUAGUUUAUGCAACAUCAUUUUUGAUGACGACACUUUAGCUUUACUUGGAACAGAUCCUAUAUGUAAUGAUGAUUUUUCUAUUAUUUUUGGUCAUAAUCCUAUUAUCUAAGUUGGAGAUACUAUUUAACUAAAAACUGUAUUUCUUUUGUAAGGAUGUAGUUACAGAUUUUUAUAAAUCCUACCUAAUACAUUAUCUAUUCCAGCUGCCAUAGAUUAAUCUACUCAUAAACCUACAGUAAGGUUUACAGAUUCUACUUCUCCAAAUGUAUGUUAAUAAUUAACUAUAAAAUUUGAAGAACUAUUUUAUAAUGGAAAAUAGAACUUAAAAAUAAUAUCUUGGAAUUAAAUACUCCCAGUUAUUGUAGAUCCAGUCAUAGCCACAAUAUUAUCAAGUAAUACAUUAAAUAAUAGUGAUACUUUAAUAUUUCCAGAGAGAUUAUUUUAAUCUGGUGUUUUAUAUAAAUUUGGAGCUUAGAUUGAAAGUUUUGCAAAAUUAUAGAAUUUAUAGACAUUUUAAUUUUAAGUUUCAUAAUAAUCAACAAUUACUUUUAAAUAAGAUACACUUAUAAGUCAAUACAAUAGAUUUUAGAACAUUUAAAUUCCAAAUAAAAUAUUAUAUUCAAAUUGUAUAGAAAAAGAUCCUCCAGAAUAAUUAUUAUCUUAUGAGAUAAUAUUAAAAAAUACAAAGAAAAGACUAAUAAAUGGGACAUUAACAGAUAAUUUAGUUGAUGGAUUCUAAUUUGAUGUUCUUUUAGAAUUUCCACCAUUUUAUUUCAAUUUUACAAAUCCUUAUAUUCUUGUGUUUAAUACUAAGUUAACUAGAUCUGAUUAUACAACAAGUAGUCAAAGCACAUUUGAAUUAUUUAUUGUUCCUUCAACACCUAUAUUAACAAUAGCAGGAGGAAACAGAAUGUUGGGAUUUACAUAAGAAUUAUAUUUAAAUACAACCAUAACAGAUAAAGAUUUAACAGCUGAUGAAGUAGCUAAAGUAACAUAUACAUGUUAUUGGAUGUGUGAAGAUAUAGUUAAUGGAACUGCUUGUUAAAAUUAGAUGAAUGAAACUAUUAUUUUUGAUAAUAAUUGCAAUUAAUUUAUUCCUUCGAGAACAUUUGAACCAUAUAAAGCUGUUAAUUUUUAGGUGGAAAUAAUAAAAGAGAAUGUUAAUUAUUCAACCAAAGUUUCAAUUUAAUUUAUAGAAUUAGAUUUACCUGCUUUAACUAUAUAAGGAGUUGAUCCUUUAGCACUUCAUAAUUAUUAUGAUGAAUUCAUUUUCAAACUUACUUAUCCUGGUAUUGAUCCAGAUGUUUUAAUGUAUGCAGGAGCUGUUAUUUAUGAUUAAGUAGUUUAAGCUACAUUUUAAUUUUAUUAUUUAGAUUUUAAAUUCAAAAUUCAAGAUUAUUUCACUAAUUUUGAUAUUGUCAAAGGUAAUGCUGGUAGAUUGAGAUUAUCUGUUUAUGAUCCUAGAUUUAUUAUGCCAUCAUUAAAUACUUAAAUGUUAACUUUAAAUAUACCACCAUAAAAAUGUGAAUUAAGUUAUGAGAAGAAAGAAAGUUUUGUUGAAUUCCUAGAUUAUCUUGAAGUAAAUGUUAUAAAUUGUGAAGAUGUUGAUACUCCAUUAAAAUAUUCAGUUAUGUUAUUUCCAAAUUAAUCAAUUUAUAAAACAGAUCUUGAAAACUCAAAAUUUUAUCAUUACUUUCUUAUAAUACCUCCACAAAAUAAUUCCAAAUUUAAUCUAACACUCCCUUAUUCUAAUAAUCAUGAUAGUCUCAUUGUUGUAAACAUUGAAGAUUAACAAGGUGGAAUUGUCAAUAUAACUGAACUUAUACAAAUCAAAUAAUAUGCAAAUUUAAGUGAAGAUAAUAUAAGAAAUUAUCAAUUAAGAUUACAUAGCUUUGAUGAAUAAUUGAUAGGAUAUUCCAUUAUUACAAACAGACUUACUUAAUUUAAUGGUUUAAUUGAUUAUAAAGAAGAAUUAUUUAAUGAAUUAUUAGCUAUUGAUAAAAAUGAUACCUUUUUAAGUAAUCAAACUGAAACACUAUAUCAUUCAUUAUCUAGUAUAUUGAGUUAAAAUGUUAGUUUAAUAUCUUUGAAUGAAACUCAUUUAUUGAAUUAAUUAAAUUAUAGAAUCAAAUUGGCAGCAGCAGAACUAAUACGAUUAACUGACUUAUAAAAUAAUAAUAAAUUGACUUCCAUAUAAAAUAUAGAGAAAACUAAUUUUGUGAAAUAGUAUUAUACAUACACUCAUAUUCUAUCAUCCUAUAUUAAUUAUAGAGUCAAUUAAAAUUAAACAGCAACAGAAAUCUAAGCACAACUUGAUUCCAUGAUUAAUUACUUAUAGGACAUUAGUGUAGCCAAUGAACCUAUGUAUAAAGUAUCAUCAAAUUCAGUCAAUAUGAAUUUUGGAUUCUUAACAUCCAAACUUGCAAAUGAGGCCACUGGAUCUACUAUAAAGGAUACUAGUUAAAAUAGAUUAUUAGAAGCAGAAGCAGAUACCUCUAAUGCAAAUUAUAGUUAAACUACUAAUUUCUUCAAAUUCUCACAAACUCGUUUUAUUGAUAAUCCAUUCUAUAGUUCAGCUGGAUUCCCUAAAAAUAGCAGUGGCUAUUAAGCUGUCGAUCCUAAAUUAGCUAUUAAGAAUGCCACAGAAACAACCAAAAAUAUGACAUCUAGUAUGAAGAUGAAAUUUCCAACUGCCAAAUAAUUACCUACAAACACUUCCACUAAAUGUAUAGCUUAAGUAGAUUCUGGAAGUUGGAAUGCAGAUGUUUGCAAAACUAAAAAAGUUGAAGGAGAAACUAUAUGUGAAUGUGAAUCUUUGAAUCCUACUUCCAUCAUGGAAUCCUUAGAUUAUUUGCUUGAUAAAGCUUCUUAAGUAUAUUCAUUAGAUACUCUACUUGCAUUUGCAUCCUUCCCCUUUUACAAAACAAUUGUAUUUUACUUUUAUCUAUUUAUGACUGGAGGUUAUGCUUAUGUAGUCUAUUGGGGAAUGAAGGUAGAUCAUGUUAUGUACACAAGAAUAGCAAUUGAAAAAGAAGCCUUAGAAUAAAAGAUUAAAGAAGAAGAGGAAAAACUCAAGUAACAAGAAUAGUAAUAAGAAGAUGAAAAGAAAGAAGAAAAUGAUGGAGCUUUGCGAAUAGAACAUAUUGAUACAUAAAAUGAUGCAAAUCAAAGCAAAGCCAUGUUAGAACAAUAAGAAUUUAAUGAUGUUCAACCAAAUUAUUAAGAAGGAAAUACAAUCUUCAAUAGAAAUAGAGUACCAAAAUUAACUUAAGCAGAAGCAAACAUACAGAGAGAACAAGCACCUACUUUGGUUGAAAUUACUGAUCAAACUUAAUUAAUAUAACCUAAUACUAAUAAAGUGAAAAGUGGUUUAUAAGUGAUUUCCUCUGAUGAAAAUGCACAUGUAGCAGUAGAUGUUUAAAAUGCUACUGUUAAUUCAUAAAUAUCUCCAGAAAAUAAGGCUGAAAACUCCCCCUCUGAUUAACCACUUCAAUAAUAACCAGAGGCUCAAAAGACUAAACCAGACGAAAAUAUAGUUUAAUAAUCCAUUUCAAAGAUAAAAGCUUACAUUGAAUAUCUUAAAUAUUUCCAUCAAAUCUUGUCUAUUGUUUAUAAAGAUGAUGAAGAAAAACCUAGAGGUCUAAGGGCAUCAAUAGUCUAUACUAGUAUUAUGGGUAGUUUAGCUGUACUCUUUGUUUUCGGUCAACCCGAUAAUAUUAGUCUUACUCUGACAUUGGCUCUUCUUACUGCUCCUGUUAAUAAAAUUUAUUAAGUUUUACUUGAAAAGAUGUUAGCGCAUAAGAAAAAGUCUGUAAGAAUAGGAGGUGCUAUUGUUAUGAUAGUUACUGCUGCAUUUAUAUCUUAUACUAUGCUUGCUGGUUUAGUAUUAAGUGGUUCAGUAGAAACAGCCAAUUAAUGGAGUUAUAUUUUUAUUGGAACCUUUAGUUUAGAUAACCUCCUUUACUCUCCAAUGCAAUUAGUGCUUUAAUAUGGUGUUCAUAUGGGAUUGAUUAAUAUGCCAAUUAUUCAAAAAUUAUUGAAUAAAUUAUUGGAUUCCAAAGCUAAGGAAUUCCUUAGAAGAAUAUUUACCAGAAGAAGAUGA